ACAUAAGCGAAGCGAAGCGCCGUGGCGGCUGCUUCCGCGAGUCUGGGAAAAAUAUAUCUCAUGGAUAGACAGAGAGGGAGAGGGGAAGAGAUGAAGCAAUUAACAGAAGAAGAUGGAGUGGAAAAAGUAAAAGUUGAAAAGGUUGCUGCAGCUGCAGGUGGCAAGAGCCAAGAGCCAAGAGGCAAGAGGCAGGCCAAAGAGCUCUUCAGUCUCCGGCCAAAUGCCAAUCGAGAAAUGUGUCACAAACACACACAAAAAAAUGCCCAGAGAAAGAAAUCUGAAAACAUUUUUGAAGGCGUGGGAGUUUUCGGCUGAGUUUUGCCAAUCAACUUGUCAAACGAAUCGAACCGAAUCUGAAUCUGAAUCCGUAUGCCCCAACAAUAAACUUGAGCUUCACUUCAUUUGGGGGGCCCCCGUAACUUUCGUUCGCUAAGAUCUUGGGAGAGACAGAAACACCUUUGAGAGCAGCUGAGAGAUCUGUCAGUCAGUCAGUGAGUCGCUUUGUUGUCGUGCUGCCUCAAGGGCCAUCACAUCAAUUUAUUUAUGAAUUUGUCACAAAUUGAAAGCGAAAGCCGAAAGACCAAUCCACACACCAAUCGAUCGUGGCUGUAUAAAAGUUUCAUCGACUGCAGUCGCGGCACGGCAGCCCCAGCAGCAGCAACACCAACACCACAGCCACACCAUUUCGGAGGAGAGCUCUUCGAAGGAACCAACAAAAUGUUCAGCAUACGCAGUGUGGGCCCUCUACUACUGGCACUGCCGAUGGCCAUGGCCCUGCUGAUUGGCCUGGUUUUGGCCAAACAGGAGACUGCAGCCCGUCAAUUUGGUGGCCAGAAUGGCUUUGGGAAUGGCUUGGGGCCUGGCCUUGGACUAGGUCUAGGUCCAGGCAUUGGAUCCGGAUCCCUUCCACCCUGGGGACCACCACAGCAGCCCGGCGGUGGCGGCAUCGGUGGCGGCGGCGGUGGCUGUCCGCUCUGUGACUCUUCGGUGUACAGCUAUUGCUCCCACAAGAUGGUGCAUGACUCCUGCUGCUGCGAUUUUCCAGCAUCUGCCCCGCAGCUGCGGCCGCCGCAGUGCUCCUACUACGACUGCUCCCUGCUGUAUGCCAAAUCCUGCUACGAGCACGCCCUCAUCAAGAACUGCUGCUGCAAUAAUCCCUACUGAGGGGAAGCAGCCCCCCCGAUGCUGACGA